AUGAAACAUAUUGUCGAUGAAUAUGAUAGUCAUCAAUAUCGUUUAAUACAUUCAAUUGAUAUUAUACUUUUUCUAUAUUGGUUUAUUCGUUUAUCCAUACUAUUGUUAAUGUAUUUAGAUUCGGAAAAAUAUCCAUUAUUUCAAUAUGAAUAUGGUGCUGCAUAUUUUUGGCAAUAUAGACAAAUUUUAAAUAAAUUUUUCCUAAUUAUUCUAAUAUUUUUUGCAUUAAUCGGUCUGUUAGGUAUUCGUACAUUUUUUCUACAACAUUCCGAUCAACUUAGUUUUCAAUUACUAUAUGAUUGUAUUGUAUUCAAUACUGAUCAAUAUUGGAACAGUUUUGAUACACAGGAAAAUUUUACAAUCAAACAAUCCGAACGUUUUCGUCAAUAUCGACAACAAUUCGAUCGUAAUCAUCGAUAUUUAUCAAUGAUAAAUCCAUUAGCCGAUCGUUUGAUUUCAUUUCGAGUUUGGUUUGAUUCAUGGUUACAAAUGGAUCGUAUUGAUAGAAAUUUAUUUCAACAACAUAAUCGUAUGCGUUUAUUUCAACAUUCACCAAUCGAAGGCCGAAAUCGCGUAUUAUUAUUUAUAUUUUUAAGUGAUUAUUUCAGUAUUUUUUUACAUAUUUUAUCGGGUUUGUAA